CUAUAUACACAUGCAAGGGAGGCUACCUACUUCGCGUUCGCCGGAUGUAAACUGUGACAAUGAGACUAGAGCUUGGUGGGCAAAAUUCAAUCCAAAUAUGACGAGAAAGAGCACAAUUUUCCAUCGUUUUUCAGUUCUUGUGACUUAUUAAAAGCAAAGGCUUGAAAAGUCCACAAUAUCACAAGCUCAAAUCGAGAACUCGGGGAUAGUUCAUCUGGAAACUUGAUUCCAGAUCAGCAUGACAGAACCACAGUUUACCUACCUUAAAGAUGUUCGUCCAGGAAUGAAAAAUCUAAACAUUAUUUUCAUUGUAAUUGAAAUAGGCAAACCAAACCGCACGAAAGAUGGCCAUGAUGUACGUACAGUGAAAGUGGCAGACAAAACAGGCUGCAUGAAUGUUUCAGUCUGGGAUCAAAUGGGAGAUGCCCUGCAAACUGGUGAUAUAUGCAAAUUUUUGAAAGGAUAUGCAUCUUUAUGGAAGGGCUGCUUGACACUGUACACAGGAAAAAGUGGAGAAAUUUGGAAGAUAGGAGAAUUUUGUUUGCAGUUUUCAGAGCAGCCUAAUUUUAGUGAACCAAACCCUGAAUAUAACGUUCCAAAAACAGAACAAAGUGGAAACCCAGCUCCACUAACGCAUGCACCACCAUUAGAGGGUGGGGAGAGUGGUGCAAACAGUAAUGUUCAGGGUCCCUCGCCACAUCGUCCUUCUUCCAAUACAGGUCCUGGGAAUGGCAAUGCAUUUGUGCAGCGAAUGCCGCAACCACCACUUCUGGGAGGUCAGGGCAGGGGACAAGGCCGUGCCUCCCAAGUGCAGCGUCCACGCAGAUGACACCUUGGAUGAAUUAAAUAUCUCAAAAUUUAAA